AUGAUUUUGGUGACGAAGUCCUCGAAGAAGCGGAACCCAAGUGCUCCCAAUUCCCCGAAACCAUAUAGUAACGCAAAUUCCCCACAAAAGCCUCAAACAACAGCCGGUAGGAUCCCGCAAUCUCAUCGUGUCAUUACCACAUCACUCAUUAAUAGAAAUAGAGAGUUAAUCCCGACUUACGAUAAGUUCUUUGAAACUUUUAAUUCCAUUGGGAACAUCGUGUGGAGUGAUGUCUUCAAAUGUUUAGAAACACGUUGGACUAUAUACCGCGCGUUGUACGCAAAGCUCCAAGAGAACAGUAUUGGUAUCAUACCCGACGACGCGAUGAGCGCGUUGGUCAAAGUCACGAAAGAGACAGAGUACUACGACAACGUCUCUUUUGCACUCUUCUUUGCGGCGUUCUGCGACUUCCAAGCAAACGCACGACACUACAGACAGCUUGCGAGUUACUUUGUACAGAGCGAGAUGUCGUUGUUUGCUCAGCGAAUAGCAACAAUAUCAAUGGAAGGGUUGGACGGGUAUCUACGACAAUAUGACUACCACCCGCAGCCAAUCACUGACGUUGAAAAUGUCUUUUUAAAUGAGCAAAAGUACUUUGCGCUUCCGUUAGUCAAAGUGCCGUUUUACGAAGCGGGCAAAUUCUUCCGCACUCGAGAACUUCUGUUGCGAGAUGGGUUUGCGUUCAUCUCGAAACAAGAAAUCAUCGAUUUGGUGACACUGAAAUACAGAGGCAAAAUCCAGGAAAUCAUUAAGGAGAUGGGAAACGCAGAUUUGAUGGCAAAAGUACCGACAGAACUCCACCCAAUGUUACAGUUUUACAUGGAUAAUGUUCCUAUGGUUAAAAGUAUAUCGGAGAAGGGAUAUGCACAGGCUGAGUGUUCAAUUGAGGAGGCAAGAGAGUCACUUGGGAUGUUUGCUCCUUGUGCGUUUUCUAUAUACCGGAGAUUUAAAAGAGAGAAGCACUUGAAACACUUUGGGAAAUUGCAGCUUGUGCUGUUUUUGAAAGGGAUGGGACUUGACAUGGAUGGAACUAAAAAGUACAUUGACGAGGUGGAGAGGCUUGACAAAGACGCCAUCUAUGCUAUAGAACAUGCGUACGGGAAAGUUGGAGGGAAGAAGGAUUAUUCGUCGUAUGGGUGUGUUGGGUUGAUGUCUCACAAUCGAAAUGUGGGGGAUUGUGAUGGGUGUAUCAUGAAUACGUUGAAAUUUAGUAAGGACGAUGUGAGAAAUAACUUGAAAGACUUAUUGGAUUUUCGAGGAGUGGAGGGGAACGAAAGGGAAUCUAUUUAUGAGGACGUGAUGAACUCCGUCGACGCGAAAUUGCCGAUGCAAGCGUGUACCAAACUUUUGUGUUUGUUAAAUGGGAAGGCGUGGAAUGAGGAAGUGCCUGAGAUCGCACAUCCGAACAACUAUUAUCGACGAUUUAAAAAGAUGGUCAAUGAAAAGAACAGAGACUCUGUCGAAAAACUGAUUGAUGAACUUAAAAUGGACGAAGAGGAGAUUGUCGAAAACAAUGAAGAAACAAAGAAAGAAGUGAAGAUGGAAAUUGAGGAAAGAAAAGACAAAGUUGAAGUGAAAGAAGAGAAAGUGAGUGUAGAAAAUAAGAUGGAUGAAUCAUAA